CUGCGAAGAAGCCCCAUCGCUACCACGCCCCCAACUACACACGCGAGCACCGGGCUGCUGUGUGGAGCCGGCCGUAGACAACACAGCUGGGAUCAAAUGCCAUAGAUGCGUACAGGCUCGCCCAUUGCCAGCUACUCUCACGACAAAACCUAACCACCACUUGCUGGCGUCUCAGAUGGAGAAAAGUGCUGAGGAGCUAAACCUCUCGUUCCUGCUGGAGGAUGAGCGAGAGAUGAUCCUCAGUGUCCUGCAAAAAGAUGAGAAACUGAGGAAAAGAGAAGAGAAGAGAAUACGGAAGCUGAAGAAUGAGCUGGUGGAGAUAAAACGUAAAGGUUUGCGGCGCCCCCAGGAGGUUGGGGAGCGUCAAUGCGCCCGCUGCUUGAAGAGCUUGGGCCUGAUUUUCGAUCGUGGGGAGCUCUGUGCAGAGUGCCUGGAACGUGUCUGCAGCACCUGCUGUGUCACAGCCCCUAGAGGACGGCACUGGAUGUGCUCAGUCUGCGCCAAAGUCUUAGAGCUGAAGGUGGUGACAGGAGAAUGGUUCCUGGAGGAGAGGUCCAAACGGUUCAACCAGGGGACGGUGCUCAGCAGUGAUGUAGUCAAACAGUCUAUUAUGAGCAGCCCAGCAGAAAGUCCACACAGGACGUCUCCAGUAUCAGGCCACAUUGUCCACACACCUGACCGUCCGGACACACCCAAAUCAGGAAGAAGUGCUGUGAGGAACCUGGUGGGUGGUCCCAAGAGGAAAGCCAAAGGGUUGCUGAUGGAUAAGAGGGGCAGCUGUCUCAACCUGAAGCCAGAGAAUGGGGUAGAUUGUGGGAAUGUGUGUUUUGUCCCUGACACAGACACGCACAGUGUACACAGCAACCGCUCCACACCUCAGUCACACAGGGGUGUUGUGGCUCUGGAACCUUCAGGGUUACCUACUGUACCCAACAACCUGCGUUCCCAAACCCUGGAGCAGCACCAGUCCCCUACACCCAGCCGCAAGAACAGGAGGGUCAGGCCGGAUGGAGCAGAGAGUGUGACAAGUUUCUGCUCCAGUGACAGCGUGUUUGACAAGAUGGCAGACUCCGUCUCCAGGCAUGGCAGGACAGAGUCUGGCACUGCCACCCCAACCAUUGCCGUCUCCAGGGCUUCAGUGUCGUCAGAUCGUAGUCGUUCUGAAGUGGACCUGUCUGUUCCGGGUUCUGCUAGUGAUGAGGCUCUCAGUGUGAGAAGCCGAUCUGUCCCUGGGCUCAAUGACAUGGAGUUUGAAGAUGAGAAAGACGAGGACAUUGAUGCUCUAAUAUCAGCACACAGCAAAGCCACCAGCCGACGUGUAAGCAGCGCUAUAUCUACGUCUUCUACUCCCGGCUCAGAGAGAAAAUGGGGCUGCCUCAGUUUGCCUGGCGACUCGGACGCAGAGACUAGCAGUCUGAACAGUAUCAUGAGUAUGUACAGUGAAACUGGUGACUAUGGCAACGCCAGCGUGAGUGGAGAGCUGCUGUUGAAUAUUAAUUACAGCUAUAAGACCGGUGCCCUCAAUGUCCUGGUGAAGGAGGGUCGCAACCUGGCCACCGGGGAUGAGAGGAGGCAACGAACAGACGCCUACGUGAAGGCUUAUCUCCUCCCAGAUAAGUCUCGCCAGAGCAAGAGGAAGACCAGCAUCAAGGCCAACACAAUAAACCCUGUAUUCAACGAGAACCUUAGGUACAUCAUCAGCCACUCGCAGUUGGAGACACGUACGCUGCAGUUGUCUGUGUGGCACCACGAUCGCAUCGGACACAACAGCUUCCUGGGGGAGGUUGAGCUGACCUUUGACUCCUGGGAAUUUGCCACCAACUUGGAAGAGUGGUAUUCCCUGCAGCCCAAGAUGGACAGCAAGAUGGAUUCUACACUCCAGUAUAAAGGAGAGCUGACUGUGGUUCUGAAGUACAUCCCUGCAGAGAAGAACCUCAUGCUACCACUGGACCAAGUCCAAGUGAAGAAAGGCUUUCUGAAAGGGAAGAAAACCAGCAUCAAGCUGCCCAAAGGAGGCAUGGUGGAACUACUGGUGAAGGAGGCCAAGAACUUGACUGCUGUAAAGUCUGGAGGAACUUCGGAUCCAUUUGUGAAAGGGUAUUUGCUGCCUGACAACAGUAAAUCUACCAAGCACAAGACAGCUGUGGUGCGACGCACCGUAAACCCCCAAUGGAACCACACAUUUACUUACUGUGGCCUGCAGGCCGGAGACCUGAAUAAUGUGUGUCUGGAGCUCACAGUCUGGGACAAGGAGGCUCUGGCCAGCAACGUCUUCCUGGGUGGAGUCCGGCUAAAUGGAGGGACAGGCCAUAGCUAUGGAAAACAGGUGGACUGGAUGGACUCAUUUGGAGAAGAACAGAGGCUAUGGCAGCGCAUGGUUGACAACCCAGAAGUCCCCCAGGAGUGCACACUGAUGCUGAGGUCCAGCAUGUCCAAACACAACACAUGACAUGUUGAGGAAAAAAGGUGAAUAAGACAUGAGUUGGGAAAGAAACAUCAGGAAGAGGAGAUGGAGCACUCUUACUUUUAUUCUUUCCUUUUCUAUGUCCAUGUUCUGUUCCAAUUCCUGACCCUUGAACCCUAACCUUUGAGCUACCCUGAUCCUGUGCUGAGUUUUGUGGUCCUGUCCCUGAUAAAGGGGAAACCAGUCAUGCCUUUGGUACUAGGGAUGUGCUGAGUACUCAGAGAAUCUGUACUAAGGGUGUGCUAUGUACUCAGAGAAUCUGUACUAGGGAUGUGCUGAGUACUCAGAGAAUCUGUACUAAGGGUGUGCUAUGUACUCAGAGAAUCUGUACUAGGGAUGUGCUGAGUACUCAGAGAAUCUGUACUAAGGGUGUGCUAUGUACUCAGAGAAUCUGUACUAGGGAUGUGCUGAGUACUCAGAGAAUCUGUACUAGGAGUGUACUGAGUACUCAGAGAAUCUGUACUAGGAGUGUGCUGAGUGCUCAGAGAAUCUGUACUAGGGGUUUGCUGAGUACUCACAGAAUUCCAAACAAAUCCAGCACCUUCUCACUGUAACAAAAAAACUGAGCUGGUUCAAGUGUGAUUAAGUCUGCAGCUUUUUUAGAUACUCAAACACAUCCUUAAAUUAUACAUAACAAUGCUCUAUUAAUAAUAAUUUUCUGUCUUGGAGAAAGCAUUGUUUGCUUAAAUUCUACUAUUACUAAUGCCAGAAAUGGUUUCUGAAUGAAAUAUUGGUUAUUAGAGGAUAAAAUGACAAAUGUAAAAGUAAAUGCUAAUUGUACAAAUGUUUUGUCAUAGUCUGGGUGUUGGAAGAGAAAUGCUUUGCCCCUCUCUAAAGUGAAAAAGCCAUGGGUGUUAGGAGAGAACUAAAAGUAGCUGGCAGACUAGCAUUAUUUAUUUGCAUGUUUUGUUGGAAGGGCUAUAAGAAUGAGUCGUGUUAAUAUGCCAUUUGGGCUUUUUAUGGAUUUUUUUACUUCGAAACACUCUUAAACGCAGUUUCAGGUUUUUUCCGAUCAAAGGUAUGUGGUUAUGAGUAUCAACAUUGACAAACAGAUACAAUUACGGAUACAAGUAUGAUGAGAUAGGCAAACCACUAGUACAUACCCUGCCCUCCAAAAGCAUCCAGCCAAGAUCAAACACUGCUACCACUACGACUACUACUACCACUAUGAUGACGACUACAACGACUACUUCCACUACGAUGACGACGACUACAACGACUACUACUACCACUACGAUGAUG